AUGGAUAUGCACCUCAGUGAUUCAAGUACUUCAGCUCCAUCGCAUGCCACAUUAUCUGGCACAGGGGGAGUCUGUUUGAUGAGAAAUGCAUGGAAAGGGGAACAUCCAUCUGUUAUCAACUUUAUCUCCAGUUUCCUCUCUGCAAAUUCUUUUCGCCUUAACUUUGUCCCUAUUGCUCCAGACUUCAUUUUCAAUUGUGGGGGUUUGUCUGUAGCCUUUGUUUUUGUGACUAACUGGGAUUGCAACAAUGUAUCUCUGAUCUUCAGCAGAGUUCAGAAAUUGAGAACACAAUUUGCACGCUUUUAUGUAAUCAUCACACUCCCAGCUAAACAGCAAAUCGAUUCAUUUAUUCAGUCAUACUUCAAAUUUGAGAUGGUGAUUGGCAAGCCUACGUUUGUUCCAGUUCAGGACAUAGAGAUGGGGUUUGAAAAGAUGGUAAAAAUAGCUCAUUCAUCUGGAGUAUACAAGCAGCAGAAAAUUGGAGAGAAACUGAAAGCUGAGAGGAAGCAAUUGGUGCAAGGAAUGAACUUUUACCUUAAAGUGGUUACUUCGAUUCCAGGCGUUGACAAUCACGAUGCAAAUGCGCUUAGUCAAGCUAUUGGUUCUGUCCAAGCAAUUGCCAAGGCAUCAAAAGACCAAAUUCUGGAGAACACAGACCUUUCAGCUGAGAAGGCGGAGAUGAUUUCAAGGUUUCUGAGGGACCCCAAAUUUUACUCUUCUCCCAAGAUCACCUGA